AUGUCUGUCACAAAGGGCGUCAUCCUCGUCGGCGGCCCGUCAAAGGGUACCCGUAUGCGUCCCUUGACGCUCGACUGCCCCAAGCCCCUCCUCCCCAUCGCUGGCAAGGCCAUGGUGUGGCAUCCCCUCGCGGCGCUCGCCCAGGUGCCCGGCCUCACUGAGGUGCUGCUCGUCGGCUUCUACGAGGACUCGGUCAUGGCGCCGUUCGUUCGUGAGGCGCAGCGCGAGUUCCCCAACAUCAAGAUCAGCUACCUCCCAGAGUACCGCUCGCUGGGCACCGCCGGUGGCCUGUACCACUUCCGCGACUCGAUCCUGCGCGCGCCCGUCCCCCAGCACAUCUUCAUCUGCAACAUUGACAUUGCGACCAGCUUCCCCUUUGCCGAGCUGCUCGAGGUGCACAACAAGCACCGCGGCGUCGGCACCAUCAUGGGCGUGCCCGUCAAGAAGGAGGUCGCGACCCGCUACGGUUCCAUCGUGCACGACCCCGAGACGGCCCAGGUGCUCCACUACGUCGAGAAGCCCCAGGGCUGGAUCUCCAACACGGCCAACGGUGGUGUUUACUUGUUCGACAAGGCCCUCUUUGACGAGAUCAAGGAUGCCAUGGACGAGAAGACUGCCCGGGCAGCCGAGGACCCCCUCGUCGUGCUCGACGAGAACCUCCAGCUCGAGCAGGACGUGAUUGAGCGCCUGGCGGCCGCCAAGAAGCUCUACGUCUACGAGAGCAAAGAUUUCUGGCGCCAGAUCAAGACUGCUGCCUCGGCCGUUACCGCCAACUCGCUCUACCUGCAGCGCUUUGAGAAGACGCACCCCGACCUCUUGACCAAGGGUCCCAACAUCACCGCGCCAGUGUACGUGCACCCCACUGCGACGAUCGACCCGAGCGCCAAGGUCGGCCCCAAUGUGGCGAUUGGCCCGCACGUCUUCCUCGGCGAGGGAGCGCGCGUCGUCAACGCCAUCAUCCUCGACAACAGCACAAUCGACAAGCACGCCGUCGUCGUCAACGCCAUUGUCGGCUCCAACUCUACGCUCGGCCAGUGGGCCCGCGUCGACGGCGAGCCCGAGCCCGAGACCGAGGUCAAGGGCAAGAUCUCGGUAUCCGUCCUCGCGUCCGACGUGCAGGUCCUCCCCGAGACGCACGUCCGCUCGUGCAUCGUCCUCCCCAACAAGUCUCUCUCCAAGAAUGCGGCCAACCAGGUCCUCCUCUAG